AAAGACAAUGCGAACCCAGUGUGGAACCUGCCCAACCGGUGACCGCUCGCCUUUUGUUCGCUCAGUCCAAGUUUGGAGAUCAGAUGAAAAGAAAGAAUCACCUAGAACUCACAAGUCUCGUGUCCUGAUUUCAAGACUAGGGGUGGUUAUUUAGAAAGAAAGACUUAACAACUGAGUGCAUYGAUACUGAAAGAAGAAUUCCUAAACAGGUAAAACAAGCAGUGUCAUUGCUGUUCCUUAUCUUAAGAUGAACACGAUUUUGGCUUUGAUGCUCUUAUUCCUGGUUAAUGUAUCUGCAGCUCCUACACGCAAAGCUGAAUGCCAGGACCAGUACAGACACUGUGCAGAAUGGAGUAAAGCCGGGUAUUGUGCUAAGACAGGAUACAAGACGUACAUGACGCUUAUGUGCGCAUAUUCCUGUAAUGCUUGCAAAGAUCUAAAACAAAGAAAAGAAUCAGAAGGAGAAGAUGUUGCCUCCGCUUCAGGUUUGCAAGAUGCUCAACUUGACAACCCUACAGCUAUCCAAGAAACAAACGAGAGAGACGAAGACGAAGCAUCAGCAAACGAGCCAAUAAGUGGCGAAGGCGAGAUACAUGGGGAUAGUGACGUCAACGAAAACAAGGGGAAAAUCAAUCAAGUCGACAAGCUACAAAACGAGGAGAGCGAAGAUGCAGCUCUUGAAUCUCAAAAUAAAGUGAAGCACUCAACAGAAAGAAAAGAAAGGCAAAGCAUUUCUGAAGAUAAUAAAGACAAUCAAGAUUUAACGAGUAAGCAGACACAAGAUAGAAAUGUAGCAGCAACACAAGAUCGAGAUCCACCAGGAGUUCAUUUGCUUAAGUUCCAGGACAAAAACGUUAAUGAUGACGUUAACCCGAGAUCAAAAAUCUCCACUCGACCAAAAGAAAAACCUUCCGUUAACUACAAGCCUCUUAAAGAAACCAAAGUACAAAAUAAAGAAAUAACUGAGAAACAAGACGAAGAUGUUUCAGCUUCAGGUAGUAGUACAUUGGACGCGAGUGGCGAAGGGGAUGCAAGUGAAACCUCAAAUCCAAGAGCUUCUGACAAAACCACUGAAACAAAAACUACACCAGAAGAAUUCGAGGAAAUGAAGGACAUCGCUGGUGACAUUAAAACCGGUUCUAAAAUUUUCGAGGCGGAUAUUUCAGAGCCUGACAGUACUUCUGGUUGUUCAUCAGGGUUUGGCUGCUUCUCUGGAAACGGAGAAGAGAUUCAGACGGAAAAAACCGAGGAAGCUGUGGAACUAGAACCGAGAUCAAAGAUAGCUAUGGCACCUCAAGUUAUGGACGCCAAAAAGCAACAAGCCGAUAAGAAUGUCGAAACAGUACAGACGUCGAUCGUGAGGGAGAGUGCUUCUGGCUCUGACACUGUGGUACAGGAUGAUAUUCAGAACAAUGGCGAAGAUGAAGCUCCUAAAAGUGAUGAUAUUGCUGGUGCUAAAUCAGUAGCCAAUUCCAAUCCAAAGAUAACCACUAAAGGAUCAGAAAAGUCUGAGGAAAACCUAAAGGCAACUAAAAGUGUCGAGGAAGAUGAAAAGAUAUCAUCUGAGAAAGCCUCCUCCGGCUCCGGGACAGAUGUAAAUGAUGACAUUCAAGGCCAAAGUGUACAUGGUGAUAAUGAUAACGAUGAAAAAAUUGACGGUGGGAAACCAGAAGCUAACAGUGAUGCGUUAUCUGGUUCCGGUGCGGACACAACUUUGAAAUCAGAGUCCCCAAAAGAAGACGAAAAUGCAGCUAAAAGCGACGAGGCAAGUAAAAUAGUAAACGAACAAAAAGAAAGUAUACAAAGAACGACWGCAAAAUCUGAGCCAGUGGACGAUGAUAAAGAUGUGGCUAAGAGCAAUGCGAAAAGUGUAGAAAUGAAUGGGCAGAUGAAAAAUGCAGCUGCAAAAUCCAUAUCAGUUCAGACUCAAAGUGCGGCUAAAAUCGAUGAUGACAUUGAAGGCUUGAACACAGAAAAAGAAGUUAUGAAAGACAAAAAUGAUAAAGUACAACCUACAAAUGAAAGUGAAACAAAAAGUGAUAAGGGGAAUAAAGAAGCUGAAAAACAGCAACAAGAAGACAAGAUAGCCAAAUCAGAACCUACAAAUGAAGASCAAAGCGCAACAAAAAAUGAUGCGAACAGUGAAGAGGUAGAAGGACAAAAAGAUGUCAAAGAUACAGCAGAAACUAAACCAGAUGAAARCCGAAAAGACGAUAAAGAAAACAAAGAAACGCACGGACAAAAAGACGUGAAAGAGGCAGUUGCACCAAAUGACAGCCAAAGUGGAAAGGAAAGUGAAGAACCCGAAGGAAACAAUGAUAGUUYUUCAGGUUCUGCUACAGCGUCAAUAGAUAUUAAUCAAAGUAUUGACGCUGAUACUAACGGGGAACCCGGUAUUGAUGCGACUAAAUCCAAAACCAAAAGCAAAACUGCCAAUACGCACCCUACAGACAAAGAGGAAAACGAUAUGGAAGAUGCUCUCUAUGAAGAUAUGAAGAAUGAGAAUAAAGAAUCAGGUUCUGGAUCAGGGCAGCCAGAAAGAGAUAACAAUGAAGAUCUUUCAUCGCCUACAGCGAGACAAAGAAUUACAUCGAUGGAACAACUGAUUAAAGACGAUAAACCAAAGGCCGAGAAUGCAAAAGAUUUCCCAGCAAAGACGAGAGAAAAUGUUCCAUUAGCAGAAGAAACCCCAAAUGACUUCAUCAACACUGAUCUAGGCAAAGGCCAAAAGGUAAGACUCAUUCUUGAUCAGCAUUAUUACAAGCCAUAUUCAAACGAAGAUUCGAUGGCCUACGAGAUGCUUGCGCUGGAUCUGAAGAAAGAGGUUGAACGAGCCGUUGGAAAUCAAGCAAUCGUAUCACAAAUAUCUUUCAGUGAAAUACGGAAACCUGGAAAGCUGCCGAGAUAUUCUCGAGUCCUAGCAACGUUUAUGCUGCAUGGCGACAUGAAUGCUCUUCAUGGGGCGGUUCGAAAAGGAUUGGUUGGUGACUUAACGGUGGAUAACAAAUUCUUCCGAUCAUCGUGAGCCAUGAAUUUCCGAGUGUGAACAAAUGUUGGCAAAAAAUAAUAACAACAACAACAAACAAACAAACAAACAAAAAACAAAAACCAAAGCAAGUGCGUUUAGAAGUACUAUCGAUCGACAGGAAAGGAUUUUUUUUCAAUUACCGAGCUCUUCACCGUGACCUCGUCAUUACAUUUUUUGUCACGUGUCCAAUAUACAAUUUUUAUUCGCGCUAUUCGAGUAUAAAUAGUCCCCUUCACAGUUCCCUGCGCCAACUCGAAAGGUAGCCGUGCCUUUGCAUUGAAGCGAGACGAACGGUGAGCUUACAAUGAUAGAGGCCAUUUUAAAAAACUUGAACAAUUAUUUUAACAUUAUUUUGAAGAUGGCGCAGGGAGCUGUGAAGGGGACUAUUGUCAAGUUAAAAAAAUUGUAUGAAAAAAAWWUUUUUUUUAACUGCGAGAUAAAACGGAGGAGGGUUGGGGCGAAAAAAAAWAUAUAUACAUAUAUAUAACUAAUACAGAGAGCACCAUUAUAUAACCUAUUUUUCAGUAUAGGAAGAAAAAAUAACUCAUUCGAAUUCGAAAUCCAGAGUUCAAAUUAUUGUUAGAAUUUAUACAAAAAUUGUUGUUAGAAUUUAGUUUUAGAAAAUAGUCGUUAUAUAAAUAUACACACAAGUGUACUGAGCGCUGAGAGUAUAUAGUAGAAUUAAAAGGUUAAUUUUUG